UCACGCACCGCCUCGACCGCAACAACUCCGUAAUCAGCCGGAAAACCAGGAUCAGAAAAGGCAGAAGCAUAAGCGCAAGGAUGGAAUAUCUGCCAGGUGAGUCUCAGUCCAAGAAGCCCAGCAGCCGACCGUCCGGAUCCUCCACGCGACGGAACGCCAUCAACCCACCGGCCCCAGUGCCAGCCCCAUUCCCUAAUGGUGGUUUCUCUCGCGCUGGGAGAAGAGGAGACGAUGGCCCCGGCGGCAUCAGCUACAUCCAAGUCUUCCCGGACCUGACCCCGUCCCAAAGCAAAUCAUUCCCCAUCAUCAACCCGCAUCACCAAGCCCAGCAGCAGCAGCAGCAGCAGCAGCAGGAGGAGGAGGCGAGCUUCUUCGAACCGCCGCUAGAAUUCCUCACUCUGCCCGCGGCCCCUACCCCCACUACCGAUGACUAUGACAACAACUACGAGUAUACUGACCAACCCUCCAUCGUGGUACCAGACUCGAUCACGCAACACCUCACCACGACCUCCUUCUCGGCGCUCACCGCCCACCUCAACACCUCGUACCUGACGCCGGCGCUCGCGCACGUCCGCGCCGCCUACAUCGACCCCUACCUCGUGCGCCCGGCCGCCAGCUACCUCGCCGCCUCCUCGGGCGCCAUGCCCGACCUCAUCUCCGUCACCCUCCUGCUGGUGAUACUGUUCCUCUCGCUCAAGCUGCUCGACUACGCCCGCCGCGUCGUCAUGUUCUGGGUCAGCCUCGCGUGGUGGCUGCUCUGGUGGGGUACCGUGCUCGGCGUUGGGGUCUGGCUGUACACCAGCGGCGUUGAGCGGGCGGCCCGCGACGUCGGGUGGUUGGUCGGCCUCGCCAGGGGGCUUUUGGGAGGUCUCUUUGAGGAUCUGGAGCGCGCGGGGCGGCAGCACCACCCACAGCAACAUGGAGGACGGCAGCCGGGGGUUUUUGGGGGAAAUAAUGCUGCGGGGUUUGGCGGCAGGGGCCAGCAGGUUCCUCUGGGGAGGUAUUGAACCUCUCCCGGGCUUUCUGUCUGUUUGGUUUCUUUCACUUUCAUUUUGGUAAGUUUGCCGGGUUGGGCGUUUGGUGUGAAGUCAAGUGAGCCAAGCUACCCAGUGGAUGUUCAUGUAUGCUAUGGUUAUUUAUAGUAUACUAUACUUAUACUAUGGGCUUGUGUGUGGCUUGCGCUUCGGGCUGGAUUUUCGCCAUGUCUUGGGGUUUAGAUUUCUUUGGAAUCACU